AUGGAUUUUUGGUCGCGACUGUUAAGCCACUCGCCGCUUGCGGCUGGCAACUCGAGGAGGGACAUUGCCAACGAUCCGCACCGGCGGCGUUACCGCUUUGGAAAAGAAUACGACAAGCUCAUUCAAACAUGGCGCAACGCCUCAAACCUCACCCACGAAAACAGCGCUGCUGCCAGUGUAGCACGCCAGAUCCGAGAGCUGACCGACGUCCUGCAAGACGAGUCGCGCCGGCCACUCCCCCACACAUGUCUCGGCUUUUCUGCCGAGUCGCAGAUGUACGUGCCGAUAGGCAGGAUUGCGGCUACAUCUCACAACCUAGCCAUCAUCCAGGAGGCCGUCUACUUCUUUGGCACCCUGAUCGAGAGCGAAGAUGAGUCUUUCGUCGAGAACUACACCUUUGCCUCCAGCCUGACGACCCUCUUUGUGCGUGUCACCGGUACCAAUGGCAUCCGCCUCGACUCCGAGACCGAGACCAAGGUUGUCGAGCUGGCCUUCAACGUCACGACCAAGAUCCGCCUCAAGCCAGACAUGCUGCCGGCAUGGUUCCACACGAACCAGGACCAGAAGCAGCCCCAGCCGCAGUCUGACGGCGAAAAAGAGCCAAACAGCCACGAGCGGUUCAAGGGAAAGACGCAGCGGCAGGACUUUCCGCUGUUUUACAUCUUGAUGGACUACAUCCAUUCUGAAGGCAGGGUCGGCGACUUUGCACGGACCGGCCUGCUCUAUAUCAUCGAGGCGGCUUCGGCCUCGGUCACUCUCGAGCAGUGGAUUGUCGAGAGUGACCUCAGCACGCUUAUGGCCACCGGCCUCGGCGCGCUCUACAGUCAGCUGAGCCGCAAACUCGUCAUUGACCAUCCCUCCAACGGCCUGCCACCCAUCCUGGCGCUGUCCGAUUACGAGCAUCCACAGACUACGACUGAGAUCGUCGGCUCAUGCUCCCCCGACUUUCAGGUCCAGCUCGAGACCUUCCUCUCGCACCUUCUCUUCUGGCAGGAUGUUCUGAAUCACUGCCAUUCCGUCGAGGUGACGUCGACACUUCUCGAACACUUCCAGGUCAUAUUUCUGCAGCAGCUCCUAUAUCCGUCUCUGCUGGAAUCAUCCGACAUCGACGGUGGCUCGUCCGUGGCCGUCUUGACUUACCUGCGGAGAAUUCUCGAGUCCCUCGACCAUCCCGAUAUGAUCAAUCUCAUUCUUCACUAUCUCCUUGCCCUCCCCGAUACCUUGGGCGCCGGAAGGUCGGCCACCAAGAACGCUGUGAGCGCUGCUCGCAAGCGCAAGUCCAUGGACCUUGCCACCAUGAUGGCAGCCAAGGCUGACCUCACUGCCACGCCGAUUCUCUUCAACCUGGUCGACCUGAUCUUGGCCUGCCUGAAGUCCCACAGCCAGCAGACCAUACAUGUAACCCUGCAGCUUGUCUCUGUUAUCCUCCGACGUCAUCAUCGUCAUGCUCUUAUGACUCUGCUCCGCACAGAAGCGCUGCCCGUUGGACCGGGCACACAUCGUACCAUCGGCGCCCAUCAGCAGGAGGUGGAGUUUUUCAUGUCCAUCGCCGGCUCCAUCGGAGGCCAGGGCAAUUUCGACGAGGUGUACGAUUGCAUCCUGAGGGACACGGUCAUUCGGCUGGAAAGCCAUCCCUGUUCGCUAAAGCUCAUCGCCCCCAAGGUCUCCGCCAAUAGCCACGAGCUUCCAGCCAUUCCAGACAGCCUCCCUGGUGCGCCUCGUGACGUUUCUCGGCACACCAUCCGCGCCGAGGACCCUCUGCUCAACACUGUCAUCGAUCGGCUCGAGACCUUUUUCAUCAAUCCUAUUGACACCAAUCUGUCUCUGACAGAAGCUAUUCUUGACCUUGCUACCUGCGGCUUUGUAGCUUUGGAGGGCUGGCUAAUUCGUCAACCAGACAAAUACGUGUUCGCUGACAACGAGGAUACCACGCCUUCCAUUGACAAUUGCGACUUGGAUUCGAACUCUGCUGCAUUUGCUGAUCUCGGCGGACCUCUGGCCAUCAAAAACUGCCGGCGACGCCCAGCCUGGACCGGCCUUCCGCGUCUUUUGUCCGUGCUGCAGGCGCAGUUGGACCAUGUUACUGCCUAUCAUCGUUCCAUUCCUCGGUUCGGCGAUCUCCUUCAGGGACGACGUGACGCAUUUCAGGCAGCAGAUUCGGCCGGGUCACAAGCCGCGCCAUUUCCCAAAUAUUACAAGAACAGUAACCAGACCACACCGGUCGUUGAUCGCACCAGCAUCGACGGCCAGAGGAGUGGCUCGCCGGUCCGUCUGUCUGCACUCGAAGGCUUUGCGCAGCGCAUCUUUUCAGAACUGGGCACUCCGAGCCGGUCCGCGAGCCCUCGGGGCAGAAAAGACCCCAACAGAGCUACCAUCUCUGCUAUCGCUGUUGGCGGGAGCAGUGGCAUUGGCGGAAGUGGAGGCAGUAGUGUCGGUGUCUCCAGCGGCUACGGGUUUGCUACGCCCACCCCGACGAGGCCCGUAGGUCCUCCCCCUAAGGAGUUUCCGCUCGCUGUGGACAACACGUCACGAAGGGCCAGCGGUCCUGCCAGGCCGUAUUCGUCGAACAGCCAGCGGGGGGAGACCGGGUUGUCAGACGGUCGGGAUGGCACAAUUGCGAGUCAGGUGGUAGCUUUCCAGGCCGUAGACCGCACAAUACUUGCACGUCGCGUGGGCAUUCCGCCUGCUAAGAAUCCUGUGGCACCCAUACCUCUCAACUUUAACAAACAGCCCCAACCCCAACCAGAUGCGACAGACUCCAAGAAAGAUGACGACAGUCAUGGGGACAGUUCGGACGAUGCCACUGAUGACAGUGUGAAGACAGGCGACGACAGCGAAAUGCCGGGGGUCGGGCUUUCUGCGGAGGAGGACGACGAAGAAAAGACCGUCACGGUUUCUCACAUUCUUACCAACACGGUGAUCCUUCAGUCUUUUUCGCUUGAACUGGCGGCGUUGCUGCAGGCGAGAGCCGGUCUCUUUGACGAAGUGCGAUUUGCUUGA